AUGGAGUGGCUGGGACAUGCAAAGAUUGGAUUCACUCAUCCUCCAAAUCCCAUAAACCUCAAAAGUAAAGAUGGUUCGACAACAGAUCUCCUCAAGAUCUGUGAAGAGUCCACUCCACCAUGUCGUCUCAACCCUAUUUUGUUCAACGGUCACAUGCAAACAUUCUGGACAGUAGUAAAAAACGAUGGACCUCCUAUUUACUAUAAACGAAAGUUGUUUGAAAAUGAAGAUCCAGCCUUUCAUGGUUCUUUUGCUGUUGAUUUCGUAGUACAUGAGCCACAUACCGAAGUUGAUGAUUCUUUACCCAUUCGAACUACCUACUAUACGGAUGAAGAGUUCUCGGGAAUAGCAUCCUUGGAUAGUCGUCCAAUGCUUGUGACCUUACAUGGGCUCUCAGGUGGUUCUUACGAGAUAUAUCUCAAGCAUGUCCUGGAACCUUUGGUUGGAGCUGAUCAUCCUUCCAAUUGGGAGGCAUGUGUUAUUAAUAGUCGUGGAUGUGCAAAACAUAAAAUCACGAGUAGUAUACUAUACAAUGCGAGAGCUACUUGGGAUACUCGACAAACUAUUGCUUGGCUCAGGAAGACCUUCCCCAACAGACCCCUGUUUGGUAUCGGCUUUUCUCUAGGGGCUAACAUUCUCACAAAUUACAUUGCCGAAGAAGGAGAAGCAUGCGUCCUCAAAGCCGCCGUCGUCUGUUCCAACCCAUGGAACCUAGACGCGGGUUCUCUCGCUCUCCAAAGGACCUGGCUCGGCCGAGAAAUAUACUCCAAAACAAUGGGAAAGAACAUGAAGAGACUAGUCGAACUCCAUCAUGACCAGAUCAUCAAAAAUACCAAGAUCGACUUCGAAAAGAUUAGAAACAUUACCUACCUCCAUGAAUUCGAUCGACAAAUCCAAGGUCCUGCUUGGGGUUAUCCUACAGAGGGAGCAUACUAUCGAGAUGCUUCAUCAACCGAUUCGCUACUGGCUGUGAGGAUUCCUCUUUUCGCUAUCAAUGCUGAAGAUGACCCUUGUGUCAACUUCCUGAACAAAAUGGCCUUUGAAGUACAACUCGAUACGAUCGUUCCUCCUGACGCAGAUGACACCGCUGAUUUGAGCCCACCCCGACCUAAAUUUCAACCCAUGGUACGGAAAUGGACUUGA